CCGGCCUCAUCACUACUCCCACCGCACACACUGCACACAAUGGCGUCUCCCGCGGGAAGCCGAUGCACGAGCGCCUCUCUCCUCUUUGUCAUCCUCGCCGCCGGGGCAAGCGCGGCACCGCUCACCAUCACGAACCGGUGCCACUUCACGAUGUGGCCGGUAGUCGCGCUCGUGCUCCACCAGGGCGGCGGCGGCACCGAACUCCACCCAGGGGCCAGCUGGACCCUUGACACGCCGGUAAUCGGCUCCCAGUACAUAUGGGGGCGCACGGGCUGCUCCUUUGACGGGGCCGGCAGGGGGCGGUGCCAGACCGGCGACUGCGGUGGCAGCUCGCUGACCUGCGGGGGCAACCCGGCGGCGCCGGUGACCAUGGCGGAGGUGUCCGUGCUGGAAGGCAAUUACACCUAUGGCGUCACGUCGACGCUCAAGGGGUUCAACCUGCCCAUGGACGUGACGUGCAGCUCCGGCGAGGCGCUGUGGUGCCGGAAGGCUGGGUGCGAUGUGGUGCACCCGUACGCGACGCACUGCAGCGCCGCUGGAAGCCGGCUCCAGGUCGUCUUCUGCCCAUGAGGAGCGGCAGAACAUAGCACGUAUAUGCAUGUAAUAACCGCACCCACUGGUAGUAGUACGUCCGUACACCGUAAACGUGUCGUGUAUUCCCAACCGCAGUACGUACACUCGAGCGAGGUUCAAAUAAAGUUGCCAGUACCUUUGAUAUUUAGUUCACGGGAAUUUUUACAC